GUCGCAUCUACCUCAGAAACACAUAUAUAACCUUUGCUAUAUAAGGUCUCCUUAAAGGUUAUACAGGGCGCCAAGAUGAAAUACCUUAUUGCAUCUUUCCUGUUUUUCUAUCAAUUGCUUGUUGCAUGCAAUGGAUGUGACAACGGGGUGUACGAAUAUGGCGUAAGUGAGGAGGAGCAAGAGCUGAUCGUCAAAAUUCAUAACGAUUUACGGCUUAAACUGGCCCACGGGGAGGUUGAGGGUCAACCCAAAGCAAUCAACCUCAAGAGAAUAUCCUGGGAUAGCUAUUUAGCAGGAAAAGCUCAAGACAACGCAAACACAUGCGAUUAUCACCACGAUACAGUAGAAGAUGCCCGAUUCCAGGUGGGUCAAAACAUCGCCGAAGUAACCGAAUUCGGUUAUGUCCAAGGGGCCAAUUGGACCGACGCCAUCUUGUUGUGGUGGAGCGAACAUCUUUUGUAUCACUAUCCAGACAGCACUGACGACGAAACCGGCCAUUAUACACAAGUUGCUUGGGCGGAUACUUACUUGGUCGGAUGCGGAUACACCCAGUACCCGAUCGAGGAGGGUGAGGAGGACACUAAUUUGUAUUACGUUUGCAAUUACGGACCCUCGGGUAACUGGCCUGGACAGCCCCCAUAUGAAACUGGGGAUUCUGGAUGUGAGGAUUUAUGUUAAAUUUUGAUGUGAUUGAACUGGUUAUGGUAAUAGAGGAUUAUUGCAGUAUGUA